UCCUGCCACCUCAGGCCUCUUCCGGAAGUCCUACGUGAGCGAUGUCUGGCGAGUAUAUUAAGGAUGCGCUGGAAGGCGUGACUUGGAGAGGGGAAGUUCCCAGACGUCCUCGUGGUUAUUAACGGGUAGGUCAGGCAAGUUCUGGAGUGACCCCCUUCCUUGCGCAUUGUGUAGACCGAGGUCGCGCUGCUGUUUUGGGUGGAGAACCAGCUUGGGCUCCCAAUCUGCUCCGAUUGAGGACUUCUCGCGAGAUCCGAGACUCGUCCCGCCGGUGCCCUUGAUUCCAGGUGUUGAUUUGCAGGGCAACAGGUUUGGGGGACCGUAUUUCUCUGCUUGUGUGGUGGUCCUGGGGUCCGCAGCCUUUCCUUAGACCUAGCACAGCCAUGGCUCGUGGUCCCAAGAAGCACCUGAAGCGUGUGGCAGCCCCGAAGCAUUGGAUGCUUGAUAAAUUGACAGGAGUUUUUGCUCCUAGACCCUCCACAGGCCCCCAUAAGCUACGGGAGUGCCUCCCCCUCAUUAUCUUCCUUAGAAAUAGACUUAAGUAUGCCCUGACGGGAGAUGAGGUUAAGAAAAUCUGUAUGCAGCGGUUCAUCAAGAUUGAUGGCAAAGUCCGUACUGACAUUACCUACCCUGCUGGCUUCAUGGAUGUCAUCAGCAUUGAUAAGACAGGAGAGCAUUUCCGUCUGGUGUAUGACACCAAGGGUCGUUUUGCUGUGCAUCGCAUCACAGCUGAAGAGGCAAAAUAUAAAUUGUGCAAAGUGAGAAAGAUCUUUGUAGCUACAAAAGGUAUCCCUCAUCUGGUGACCCAUGAUGCCCGUACGAUCCGUUAUCCAGAUCCUCUAAUCAAAGUGAAUGACACUGUCCAGAUUGAUUUAGAGACUGGCAAGAUCACUGAUUUCAUCAAAUUCGAUACUGGCAACCUAUGUAUGGUGACUGGUGGUGCUAACUUGGGUCGAAUUGGUGUGAUCACAAACAGGGAGAGGCAUCCAGGCUCUUUUGAUGUUGUCCAUGUGAAAGAUGCCAAUGGCAAUAGCUUUGCCACUAGGCUUUCAAACAUUUUUGUUAUUGGCAAAGGUAACAAGCCAUGGAUUUCUUUACCCCGUGGAAAAGGUAUCCGUCUCACCAUUGCUGAAGAAAGAGAUAAGAGAUUGGCAGCCAAACAGAGCAGUGGAUAAAUGAAUAUGAGGACUAAUGGCAUAUGUGAUCACAUAAAGUUGUUAUAACAUGGAAAAUAUUUCCUUUUGUUAAUUUUAGUAAUUGAUACUAUCUGUUUCCUUUGUAUUGUCAGAUUUAUUGGAAUAUAGCUGUGUGGGCUGGUUUUAUUUAGUAGUUUACAUUUCCUUGGUCAACUUUUGAUUUAUUCUAGUUUAAUAAAACAGCAUAUAUUAUUUCUGCCUUUUAUAAUUUGUUGGCUUUUACAGGCUAGUCUGAGAUUAAUAUUUGUGAGCAUUCUAUAUGCAUUUGAAAAGAAUGCUUAUUCUCUGUUUAUCUUGUUUAGUUCUCUCUAUAUAACUUGUAAUUCUAAUGUAUUUAAGUUUGCAACAAAUAUUUACUGUUCACCUCUUUAUUGUGUUUAUCAUUCUGAUGAUGGAAUGUUGACAUCUAUUGUAUUUUUGUCUUUUUUCAUGUAUCAAUGUUACACUUACCUUAAUUUAGUAUUUGUGUUAGGCUCAAAUAAAAUGAGAAUUACUGCAUA